CAUCUUCAACAUAUAUUAAUUCUUGUCACCUAAUGUUACAGCCUGUGAUUCAAACAUUACCUACCCUCCAUCAGCUUCCUCAAUUUAUACUUGAAUUGCCAAUAACUAAAUUACAAAUUCCAUGCAAUUUUUAUGAAGACAUUAUUAUUUCCAAAGAUUUGUCACGAAUGACAGAAAAGGCUCUAUUAGAUCAAUAUUUUGUUCCAGCUGGUUUAGAAGCAUUGGAUUCAUAUGUUUAUAAUGCCACUGUGUCCAAGUGGAUUGAUCACAAUAUAGAGCAACUGUCAUUUGUAAAAGGUAAUGCAGAAGAUUACUACCAUGGAGGUCUUGAUAUUUGUAUUAAGUACACAAUUCAAACUCUCACUGAUGGCAUAACUAUGAGUCGAAAUACAUGUUAUAAUACAAGCACAGGACAAAAACGACCUGAUACUGCUGGAUGUAUAUCCAAUAAUGCUGUUUGGCGGGGAGAAGAAAAAGGAGCUGAUAGUGGAGGAGAUCCAUCACAAGAGCUAAUUGAAAAAAUAAUUUGGGAUUAUGGUGAUGCUGUACCAUAUUUGUUAGCAUAUUAUUCAAUUGAAAGUAAUGUUACUUUUUGUGCAAUAUACAUGGAAAAUAGGGAAAUUUAUACACUUGAUAUCAGUGGACCAUAUGAUUUAUUUUUUUUGAAGAAUAGAAUAAUUGUGUGGAACAUUUGUAGAAAUGUUUCUAGAAUUCUGCCUUCUCUUGCUUUGCUCUGCAAAAGAAAAAACAAUCCAGAGUAUGGGAUAAUAUCAAGAAAUAGAACAACUAUUACCUUCCUUGGCUUAGCAGUAAGAAAGAUAUACAAAAGGAAAAAAAUUAUUAAACAUUUGAAUGAAAUAUAUAAAGUACUUAAUAAUGUGCCUAAUAUUGAAAAGAUCUACAGAAGCUCAAAUGAUGCAUGCUAUUUUCAACCACAAGGUGAUGCAACAUAUCCAAAAGAUUUAAAGGAAAUGUUAUCUGCAGUAUGUUGUGUUCUAGAAGCACUAUUGGUGAUGCAUAAUAUUCCAAUAAUGCAUCGUGAUAUACGUUGGCAAAACAUUGUAAAAUACCGUGAUAAUGACAAAUGGUUUCUCAUUGAUUUUGAGUUUGCCUGUUACUCACCCCAAUAUAAUAAGGAAGAAGAGUUAGAAAAAAAUACUCAUGCACCAGAAAUUAGGGAAGGAUACCAUGAUAUAUCAACAGAUAUCUGGAGUGUUGGAUUUCUCAUUAUUGACUAUUCACUCAGGUUACCAAUUGAAAUUAGAAACUUUGGUGAAACAUUAAUGAAAUCAAAUCCGCAAGAGAGACCAAAGGCUAUUGAUGCAUUAAUGAGUGCUAGAGAAUUAUCUAAACAAUUUUUAACAUUUUCAGAAUAA